AUGGCCGAGGAGCAACUUAAAAAGAUUCUUCUUAUCAAUGGACCCAACCUCAACCUCCUUGGGACGCGAGAGCCGGCUAUCUACGGGUCAACGACGCUCAAGGACGUGGAGGACUCCAUGUAUCAGCAAGCCAGCAAGUACAACCUCAAGCUCUCAUCAUUUCAGUCGAACCACGAGGGUCACAUUGUUGACCGGAUUCACUCCGCCUACGAAGAGGGCAUCGACGCCGUCAUUAUCAAUCCCGCCGCCUUUACGCACACGUCGGUGGCACUUCGCGAUGCCUUGGCAGGGCUCGAUAUUCCCUUUGUCGAGUUGCACAUCUCGAACGUUCACAAGCGCGAGCCAUUUCGGCACCACAGCUACUUGAGUGACAAAGCUGAGGGAGUCAUUGCUGGACUCGGUGUAUUCGGGUAUAUCGCCGCACUAGAAUAUUGGGCGUGGAAAUUUCGUGGUGGAGCUGCUCUCCCUCAGUAAAUGAACAACA